ACUAAUACGAAAUUCGUGAAUACUUAAAUAACGUAUAAGGUGUUAAUGAGAAUUUUAUUAAAAAGUCUACGUAGAUAUAGACGUAAUUCCCGUUUGUGAUCGAAGCUCACACCGGGUUUACAUGUAGUCAAGAUUUUUUUUAAUUUUAUUAUAGCGAUAUUAAAUAUAGUAUAAAUACAGUGAAACUUGGUUAAGUGGGACCUGGAUAAGUGAGAAACCUCCACAACUGGAACUCAUACUGAGGUCCCAACACAUUGGCACUGAAUUACCUCUAUUAGUGGGAAAAACAAUCCUCUUUAUCUGGGAUUCGUUCUUUCGAUUUAUCAUCAUAGUUACCUCUAUAACUGAGACAACAAACGACGUAAAAGUACCAGAGCCAUUUACAACCUGUGCAUAUGGCCGACUUCGAACAGGAAAAGACAAGUGUGCGUAUGAGCAAGGCAGAGCCAAGGGAAGGCAAUGCAGAGCCGACGGAAGGCGAUGCAAAGCUGACGCAGCGCGAUGCAGUGCCGACGGAAGGCGAUACAAAGCCGACGGAAGGCGAUACAAAGCCGACGGAAGGCGAUACAAAGCCGACGCAGCGCGAUUCGGAGCUAACGAAAGGCGAUGCAGAACCGACACAGCGCGAUGAACAUCCUGAGGAGGCGGGUGAUUCGGAAGCAGCACAAGGCCAACCGGAACCUGUGAAGAAGGAGUUCAAUUUAGAAACGGCUGAUGCCAAUGAGUUGAUGGAUGAGAUCAUUCGCGUCACCCAUGUCAAUUACGAAUUCAUGAAACAAAGAGUGGCGAAUCCAGGCCCGAUUGGUCCGAAUGGAGAAAAUAUGGCUGCAGAAAUUCUGAAGAAGUAUGAAGAAAAGGAUGCGUUACUGGACUUAUACUUCGAUAGACUGAAGGUGCUGUUGCAGGAAAACACGCCAGGUUUAACAGAGCUGCAAAUUCAGGAGCGGCAGCUUGCUGCAACGGUCAAGCUGAACAAUGGCAUGAUAUUAUUUUAAACUUACUUUCUAACAAACCAGAACAAAUUAUAGGUACACAAUACUUACACACGUCACUUUUACUAUAAUCUCAAAAAAGCACAAGCCGAUUUUAAAACUAUAAUACAUGUAAUAAUAGUAGAAGAUACGAUAUAACAUCGACCUUCACCAAGCUCUUUACUCGAUAAAUAAUUUAGUUUAAUCAACAUUGUAAAAAAAUGGAUUGCCUGGAACAAUCUUGCUGAGGGUAUAAUUAAUAAAAAAUAUAAAAUUGGUAUUUUUUACAUUUCAUCUCUUGGGUUUAUUUAGAUCUUAGUACGUCCUCAGUCGCAUAACAUUUUUUUUUUUAUUUCGGUACCCGUCAAUACUCACCUUUUCCGGGCAACCCUAUAUCAUCGUAUUUACACUAAAACAACACUUAUUAUGUUAGAGAUUAGUAGUUUCAACAAAGUGGUAACUGUUUUUAAAUAUUCUAUCUUUCAGACAAUGCAUACUCAUUACCUACAUAUCUACUUUAGAAAGAACGAUGUAAGCAUAAUACUAAACUUAUUCUUAUAACUUAUUUACGAUCCUUUAACAAGAAAUAUGUUUAUUGUAUGUAUAUCUAAUUCGAUGACACAUCGUCGUAUUGAUGUGAAUUUUGUAUGUAAUUCGUAAUAACUAUGAUGGAAUAACUUUAAAAAAACAUACCGGCCGAAUUGAGAACCUCCUCCUUUUUGGGAAGUCGGUUAACAAAAGUACUUUACUGAUAAACGUGUAUUACUUUGUCUUUCUGUCUCUCUUGCUACUUCAGAAGUUACCGUCAUUCUUUAAAAGGGGUGUGCCAAAAUGUUGGAUUAAAAUUGACUGGAAAUGUGAGACUAAGCAUCUGUGUCUUAAUUGAACUUAGGAUUUUCGACUGGUGUUAUUGGGAAAACUUAAAACGCAUUGUACUAAAUAUUUAGACUCUUGUCUGCAAAAGUAAUUUAUGUAUUAACGUAGAUUCUUUAGUCUUGAAAUAUUUUUCUGUAAAAAUUUUGAAGUACUGUAACUAUUUUACUAUUAUCAUUGGACACACUUGACUAUAGUGCGUACGAUUAUAUAAUUAUGGUAUAAUGAAGCAUUAAUAACAAUAUUUAAAAUAUCGUUGUGGAUAUUAUUAUUCUAUCUUAUCUUAUAUUUUAUAUUAUGUUAACACUUAAUGCAUUUUUUAAUAAAGGUUUGACGAAGAAA